UGGAGUUGUUGUAGUUCCUGUGCAGCUGUCAACUCUGGGUUGCUGUCGCCUACCCAGUUCAGCAACGUUAGAUUAUCCGGAUAUAUUCCCGACAUCAACAAUUCUAGCCUUUCACAGCCCCUGACACGCCGACUGUCAUUUCAAGGCCAGGCAGCGGAUCAUACCUAGGGGUGUCACUUCAUCGCACGGAACUCAGACAUGGAAGCUCACAGCUCAGAGCGUCUGCUGUCCAGGAAGAGGAGGAAGGAGGGAUCCAAUGGAGAGACGGAGGAGGGAGAGCGGCCGGGGAAGGUGCCACGCUGCACUGUGGGCCUGACAGAUCCUGCCCCUUUUGCAGACCAGCUGGAAGCUGUCACCACGCCCUACCAGCGGGUCAGCAUGGAGGAGGCACGGAGAGGGACCCCGUCGGAUCGGCCUGUACGGGUAUACGCUGACGGAAUCUUUGACCUCUUCCACUCGGGGCAUGCGCGUGCUCUGAUGCAGGCCAAGGGGCUCUUCCCAAACACACACCUCAUCGUGGGCGUGUGCAGUGAUGAGCUGACGCACAAGUUCAAGGGCUUCACUGUCAUGAACGAGGACGAACGCUACGACGCCGUCAGCCACUGUCGCUAUGUGGAUGAGGUUGUCCGCAACGCGCCCUGGACGCUUACGCCUGAGUUCCUUGCUAAGCACCGGAUUGAUUUUGUCGCCCACGAUGAUAUCCCAUACUCCUCUGCAGGGAGUGACGAUGUUUACAAGCACAUCAAGGAGGCAGGAAUGUUUGCCCCCACCCAGCGAACAGAAGGCAUCUCUACCUCUGACAUCAUCACACGAAUUGUCCGCGACUACGAUGUGUACGUGCGACGCAACCUGCAGCGAGGGUACACCGCCAAGGAGCUCAACGUCAGCUUCAUCAACGAGAAGAAGUACCACCUGCAGGAGCGGGUGGACAAGGUGAAGCGGAAGGUGCGGGACGUGGAGGAGCGCUCCAAGGAGUUUGUGCAGAAGGUGGAGGAGAAGAGCAUCGACCUCAUCCAGAAGUGGGAGGAGAAGUCCCGCGAGUUCAUAGGCAACUUCCUGCAGAUGUUUGGUCCAGAAGGGGCUCUGAAGCACAUGCUGAAGGAGGGUAAAGGUCGCAUGCUGCAGGCCAUCAGUCCCAGACAGAGUCCCAACAGCAGCCCAACUCGGGAGCGCUCCCCCUCCCCAACCUUCCGCCUGCCCUUCUUCACCAAGACAUCCCCCCCUCACAGCGCUACCCACGGUUACCCCAUCAGCGAGGACGAGGAGGACUGAAGCCUCACCUCCCCUUCUCUCCUUCUCCCCUCCUCACUCACCACUCUCCAGCAAUACUCCUCUCUUGUCCUUUCUCUGUCUCCAUGUCAGGACUCGAACAGGAGUCUUGGCAGCUCACUUUGGAAGAACAGCGAAACCCAGGCUAAAGGGGUUUCUGUGAUUAAAUACGACAUUAAGAGUCUCUGCCUGCGGACACUGCAGUGAGGCUCAGGGGAAAAGUCCCGUAGUCACGGGGCUCUGGUUUGUCUGCAUGUGUGUGUAUCGCUCAGUACGUCUGUCAGUGUGUGUGUGCAGAAUUUGCCUUAUCCGCUUGACAGAUAGUAAACUCUCUUGAAUGUGCAUGGCGGGGGUCGGGGAAGAAAGCCGCCUGGAUGUAGUCCCCUACACCCCCUCUGCUGUUUGUCCUUCUGCCAUGCCACCCACUCAGUGUCUCAUGGCCAGUGAUUCACACACACAUAUUGACACACACAUAUACACACACUACCCAAGCAACAAGCUGGCAGUGACCACAGAAUUUUGAACAGCAGUCAGUGAGCAUUUCCAUUUCACCUGUAAUGGGAGGGGGUGAUCAUUGUGUGGAAGGUUUAUACACACACAUACACACACACACACACACACGCACGCACACAUACUUUGCUCUGCAUAAGUCUUGGACACAUACAAGAGUUACAGUACACGGAUAUAUACAUCUUUUAUGAAUGAGAAUAAUUGUGUUACUGCACAAAGAAGGAAACCGGUGAAAUAGCUUGCAUCACCCGAUUGUGUGGUAUUCAAAACAUAAUCGACAAGCACAAAGCAAUAUCAUCUGUAACUGAAACACACGAACUGAGACGUUGAAAAUGCUGUCUAAAUGUUUUUCUUGUGCAUAAAAAUGAUAAUGACAUAAACAUGUCUAAGAUGUUCGCACAGCAAUGUACGUGUGUGUAUGUGUGUGUAUGUAUGUGUGUGCCAGCUUCUGUCAACAAGUAUAAUCACUUUAAUUGCCAGCAUUGUUUGGGGAAGGUGUAUACAUAUCAGUACAUAGGGGACAGUAGAGUAUUACCCCAGUAUUUUAGUAUGUCUACACUUGAAACAAGCACUUCCAGUUUGUCCUAAUCUGAGAGGAAAAAGUUCUUCAGCCAGCCUCUGUUUAUGAUCUUGGAAAAAGCAGAAGUCUCUUUGUCUUUUUUUUUUUGAAGAAGAAGCUCUUAAUGUGUCACGGCAUUUUAUCCCCCCUGUUCCUGUGAAUAUGCCACUAAGUAAAGAAAGAGAGGAGGGGGUGAAAAGCUUUUCAGUAUGAAAGAUAUCCAUGUUAUAAUAUCUUGGAAGACUGUACUCCCAUUCUCUACUGCAGCAAAAAAAAAGCCAUUAAGCCAUAUUUUCCUGUUCCUUUCUGGUUUGCUUUCACUUUUCCGGCCCAGGUAGAUAGAGAAAAGUGUAGUUAUUUCGAAUAUUAUUUGGGUUAUUUUUACCUACUUUAUCUUACGGCUUUUACCCCUGCCCCAAUGUGUGUGUGCUACAGCUCAGGGGUUCUGGGUUGUUAGGUGUACCUUCCUGCUAGUAUUAUGCCAUUAGCCAUUUUAGAGUAUUUUAAUUGGGUGUAUAGAUGAAAUUACUCUGUCAGUACUUUGGUUUGAGUUUGUCAGGAAUGUGCAUUUUAUGGACUGGUACUGUUUAAACUCCACCCGUUUGUAGGACAGUUCUUUUGUUGAUGUGUGUUGGUGUUCGAUUGCCUGUGAAGGGUUUCAAAAACGAGGUGGUAACUUCUUCAGCCCUCCGCUUCAGAAUGGGAUCCAACCCAAUUUUUCCAAGAGAAUUCUCCAAAUUAAUGUUUACAUUUUCAAAACCCACGGGAAACUAUGUAAAAACAGAAAUGCUUUCUUCAGUUCUUUUCGGACUGCUGCACUACAUCUUUUUACUUUGUUGUUGGGGGUUUUAAAAACGAAGACGUCAUCAUGCAACAGUUUUAAAGCUCAAGGUUUUUACUCUUCUGCUAGCUUACUCUUAUGCAAUCCUAGAGGCCUGCUCUGGAGAGCAGAGUCUUAUCCAUGUCUUUUUGUACCUCUGUCCAUUUCUGUUUGGUUAAUAAUGUCUAUGUAAAUUUGGCUCUAAGAGCGAGUCUCCCCACUCCAGUUUUAAUUAUUAUUCAGUUAAUUAUUAUAAUAAUCAUUUAGAAUUUGGUUUUGUUGUUCAGUUAUUUAGAAUUUGAUUUUGUUGUCCCAUUCUAUUUAACUGUCCGACAAACUGCAGUGGGAAUUUAGACAAAAAAGAAAAUGUAAGUUAAAAAUAAAAUG